GACAUCGUUCAUUAACGCCUGUUCUACCUCGUUUAACCCUUCUCCACCAACCGCAGACGCCAAUCCUUGAUUCUCCCAACACCUGGUUUGCCUCUCCGUGCCUUCACUCUCUGUUUUUCUCUUUUUCAGCCCAUCAUUUUCUGUUGAAACCCGGGUUAACCGAAGGGAUGCGUAUGCAUACUAGAUGGCAUGGGUAUUGAUCGUUUGUUCUCUGGUUUUGGUCUGGGUUGCGUGUCUAUGCAAAAUUCUCCAUGGAUCAAGCUCGUCUCUCAGGAACUCAUUCUUGAAUACUGGUGGAGCUUUUCACAAGAGAAAUGUCUUGCUGGUUAUUGCCCACCCGGAUGAUGAGUCUAUGUUCUUUUCUCCAACAAUUAGCUAUCUAACUUCAACAGGGCAUAAUCUACACGUAUUGUGCUUGUCAACUGGUGACGCAGAUGGCAAGGGGAAUAUCAGAAAAGAAGAACUCUAUCAGGCUUGUGCAAUUCUCAAGGUUCCACUUCAACAAGUGAAGAUUCUAGACCAUCCAGAUUUGCAGGAUGGUUUUGGCAGGGUUUGGAACCAUACUUUGCUGGCUAACAUUAUUGAAGAGGAGAUUAUGAGUUAUGGCAUUGACUCGAUUAUUACAUUUGAUUACUAUGGUGUUUCGGGUCAUUGUAAUCAUCGUGAUGUGCAUUAUGGGGUAUGCAAGGUCUUGAAUGAUGCCUCACAAGGAAAUAUUGAGGCCUGGGAACUUGUCAGUACCAACGUAUUACGCAAGUAUAGUGGACCACUUGAUAUUUGGCUGUCCAUUUUACAUGCCAUGCAACAAUCGGGUGAAGUCAUGCAUUGCUUGCUAAAUCAGCAUCCCCAGAAGAGCUUUCUCGCAAUGGCACAACACUCAAGCCAAUGGGUUUGGUUCCGCAAACUUUUUGUAGCAUUUUCCAGUUAUACAUAUGUGAACACGCUCAGAAAGAUUAAGUGCUUGUGAAUUAAUGAUACUGGAGACAUUAUGCGUUCUGAGAAAAUUCAGUCAGGACCGGAGACCACAGUGCUGCCAAGUGUUGUUUAUCAGAUUACAACUGGAAGAUCCGAUCCUUUUUGAAAUUCACUUGCACAAACAGAAAGAAAAACAAGAAUUGCACAAAUAAAUGUACUUGGUUGAGUUUCCUUGAAACUGCUUGUAUCUGUGGAUCACUAAUGGCAUUUGUGUUGGCAUG